AUUCCCUUGAAUAAUAAAAAACAAUUACAUAAGAAGCUGGCUAAAUACCCUCUGGGUGAAGGCCAAAAAAAGAAGAAGAAGAAGAUAACCUUGAAUGUUCGCUAUCAUUAAAUAUCUUCGAAUGUGUUGAAACUAAAAAUUUAAUAAAUUCUGAUCAAACAGCAUUUUUGCCGAAAAUACUUAGAUAAAGAAUUAUCGGCAUCAGUUUUGUUUGGUACUUAUAGGUUGAUUUGUAUAUGUUUAAAUUUGGUUUUUCUUCCGAUGCCUGUGAGGGCACUAGUGACGAUGCAGAGGAUAGAUGCGAAAAAAAAUGGGAUGAUUGCAUGGAACUGGUACCUAGUGAAAACAAAAUACUUGAGGACGUUGUGGCCAAUGCUGAAUUUAAUAUAAUAACCUUAGGUGAUGUGCAUAUAAAGUACGUUUCUUCUAACAACGUUCUUGAAAUUUUGAGAAAUAUGGAACACUCGGAUAAAGUUUCAGUUUUAAAAGCCGAACAAAAUCAUUCCGAUCUGUUGCCCGCUAUUUAUGAAGGUGGAUUUAAAAUUUGGGAAUGCACAUAUGAUCUCUUGAAUUACGUGUAUGACAAUAAAAUAACUUUCGAAAACAAAAAAGUGUUAGAUCUGGGAUGUGGAGCUGGUGUAAUAGGAAUUUAUACAAUAUUAAAAGGUUCUUCUUGUUACUUCCAGGACUAUAAUUCAGAUGUAAUAGAGUAUAUUACGGCUUCUAAUGUUUUAUUAAACUCAAGAGACUGUAUAACCAAAUGUAAGUUUUAUUCUGGUGAUUGGUUAUCUUUUUCAAAUCUCCUUGAGGGCUGUACAAAGGGAGACAAUAAAUUUGAUUACAUUUUUACGUCAGAAACAAUUUAUAACACGGAAAAUUAUUACAAAUUGCAUACAGUAUUUGAGAAAUUAUUGAAGAAAAGCGGUACAAUAUUUUUAGCAGCAAAAUCAUUUUAUUUUGGUGUCGGAGGUGGUACAUCACUUUUCGAGGAGUACAUAGAGAACAACAAAAUAUUUAAAUACUCGUGCAUCUGGAAGUGUGCAGAAGGUGUGAAAAGAGAAAUACUGAAAAUACAAUUCAAUGACCCAUAAUACCCCUUAUAUAAU